AUGAAUGGAGUUGGUAAUCCACGUAUAGGAGAAGCAACGUCACGAGGACUCGAGAGUCCACAAGGACGACAGACUCUUGUUGGUAAUCCACGUACAAAACAAGCAACGUCACGAGCAGCCAAGAGUCGACAAAAAAGACAGAUUCGAGUGGAUGAUCAACUUAUGGGAGAAGCAACGUCAUGGACAACCGAGAGUCCUCAAGAAAGACGGACUCGAGUUGGUAAUCAACGUAUAGCAGAAGCAACGUCAAGAGCUGCCAGAUUCCAUAUGAAAGACAGACCCGGGUUGGAUGGUGCAACACGUGCUCAAAGUUUGGAAAACGAGGAAAAUGGUGUUUAA